AUGAGUCCCUCGCGUUUACAUGAUGGGCAAGAGCAAGAUGAAAAGCCUCCAUCGUACGAUCAACAUCUAGCAGAAUCAACUCUAAUUGCGUCAUCGUCCGUCAACCCUCCGGAUUUAUGGAGAUCGCGUGCAGCCUCCGUCAACCUUGGCCGCCCGGGUCCGAGUGAUGACCUCCAACGGGCCAUAUCAGCGCCGGCAAGAGACGGCAAGGAGAAUCCCGGUCCAUCAAUUGACUCUCAACCGACACUAGAUCCCGGUUUGUUGGAACUUCCGCCAGAAUACAUGCGCCAGGACCCCAAUGACCAAGUCUUUCUUCUUCAGCCUCCUUUCAUCUCAUCGGCGCCGACUGACGCCGGUCCUAUGGUUCCUCGAUUUCAGCUAGCCCAACUACGCACUAGCACCAACAAGCCUUACAAGCUCCGGCUAAGACGGCUCACGACCAACGAGUGUCGGCGUCUGACGGUACCUGGCAAGGAAAAGGCGUUUAUAGAGUUUGACGAUGACCUUACGAUGUAUCUCAUCGCCAACACCCAUGCUUUAUUUCCGUGGUCACUGCCUGAAAUCGAAAUACGUGGAUGCAAAGCUCGUACGCUACCAGGCUUUGUUGAGCUUAAGAAAACCGCUACUUCCUACCAAUUUUGGCAUAUCACAAGGAACGAGGCCAACGACAUGCUGAGACCAGAAAACCAACGCAGGAUGGAGAAAUAUGGCUACCAUGCCAAAGAUGAAAUUGCUCGCGAAUUGCUAUUUGCAGGCGAGACUGUAGCCCUGCUGUCCAAGGACACGAAGUGGAGAGACGGGAAUGGAGUUUGCGUCGCAACUGAGUCGAAAGGCAAGAUGAGCUUCGUCGUUGACCUCCCUGCCCAGAUGAAAGACGCCCUGCUGGCAUGCUGGGUCUCGAAAUGUUGGCUACAAGGGUCGUUAGAUUGGUGA